AUGGAAGAAGACUUGACUCACUUGAGGAGGAAAAGACUUACAACAGAGACUGGUCUCGUUUGCUUAGAAGACUAUCCCUAUACAGUAUCAGUGAGGUUGCACGGUAAACAUUGGUGUGGGGGCGCUAUAAUCGGCCCCUUGUGGGUAUUGACAGCAGCUCAGUGCUUCGACUACGUAGCAAAAGAUGAAGUAACUGUAAGGAUGGGUUCCGUGUUCAGAGAUUUUGGCGGCAGAAUAGUGUCUGUGGUGGACAUAAGAAGACAUCCUGAUUACAAGAUGGACCAGUACUACCCUGAACACAACCUCGCUAUGGUUAAGGUGAAUGUGCAAAUAGUGUCCACCUCACGGAUGCAGCCUGUAGCGUUGGCUAUUGCUGAUGCAGAUUUGCCCCCCUUGUUUGGAGAGACCGUUGUCACUGGAUAUGGAUCAGUGGUCACAGGGCAGAUCCGCGAGGGUGAGAAUCAGGAGUUGAGACGGAUGAUAGUCCGUGAAGUGUCCCGUGGAGAAUGUCGCUUGAUAUACGGCAAUGAUUAUCAUUUACAACAUGACAACAUGUGCUUAUUGAGCGUAACCAAAGGAGUUGCGUUAUGUGCUGGCGACACAGGUGACCCGGCGGUCCACUUCAGCGGGGUAAACCGCGCUGGGACACUGUAUGGCAUUGCUUUGUUCUCCGGAACAGAAGAAUGUGCUUAUAAGUCGAAACCUGGAGUAUUUGCUAAGGUUUCUUACAGUCGUCUCUGGAUAGACAAGGUGCUUGAAGAAAUACCGGAACACACUGAAAGUGCGGACAGUACCGAAAAUGUGAUACCACUCGACGUGGAAAUUUUGAGCGGAUUAGGCAGACCCUCCUUCGGCUCCUUCGACUCUGAUAUGGACGAAUUAAAACACAGAGCUGGUGAAAAACUCGAAGCAUUGCAUGUGGCUGCAAAAACUGCUGCUGACAAUGGCAAGACCAGGGUACAUGAUGUCGUCCAUCAGACAGCUGAGGCGAUUCAGAGGCUGCGUGAGGCCUUCCAUAGUCUUUGGCACCAUGAGCUGAUAGCCGAGGGCCGGGCUCGAGCCGUCGCGUGGACCAAGGAGGCCGUAAGGAGGGUCAAAGAAGGCGCGCCACCACUUUCACCCAUGUUACUUUAUGAAGAACUGGUUACGCUGUUCCACGAUAGAGUAUGGCGGCGAAGCAUAAUCAUCUUCGCGUGUGGUGUGGCGUUGGGCGGCUCGGCGGGCGUGCUGGUGGGGCUCCGCGCUGCACGUCUCACCCCCACGGGGCCCACCGCGCGCGCCCUGCACUCGCACACCGACCAAGCUGUCAUACUCGUUGAGGAUGCUGUUUCACCUGGCGUGGGCGCGGGUGAAGUGUUAGUGCGCGUGCAAGCGUUUAGCAUAUGUUCGGUGGACCGCGGGGCUCUCCGCGGGCGAGCCCACUGCCUGCGCUCGCUCGUGUACCGCGGCCAUGUGACCGUGGGCCGGGGCUUCGCUGGCAUAGUCCUCGACGUGGGCUACGGCGUGCUAGACCUGGAGAUGGGCGACGAGGUGUGGGGCUGCGUCAGCGAGUGGAGCGGUGGGGCUGCCACUGAACUACUCACCAUACGCAGCUCGCGCUUGAGCAAGCGGCCGCGCGGCUUGUCGGCCGACAGCGCCGCCGCGCUCCCCUGGGCCGGCGCGCGGGCCCUCGCCGCGCUCCGCUCGCUCGCCUACGCGCCGCACAACUGCAAGGGGAAACGCGUGGCGGUGCUGGGCGCGGCGAGCGGCGAGGGCUGCGCGCUGGUGCAGCUGCUGAGCGCGUGGGGCGCCGCCGUCACCGCGCUGGCGCCGAGACACGCCGCGCUCACCCUGCGGGACCUCGGUGCGCAGGAGUUCGUGGACGUGGAGGGAACGCGGACGAACCCGUGGGCGAGCCUCGAAGCGAGCGCGCGCUCCACGGGCCCGUGGGACUGCGUGCUGGCCUGCGACGGGGCCGGAGCCUCGCCAGCCAACGGCGCCAACCCUGCAGCUUUACUCAAGGCGACAGCCCCGCGCGGAGCACUGUUGGACCUGCGGGCGCGGCCGUUACUCACGGACCGGCUGCCGAUGCCCUUCUCUUUGCUGUUCGUAACCUCCUUCUACACCUACAGACUCCUUAGGUGGUUGACGGGGUGCGGCACUCACACGGACUGGCUGGAGGACCGCCACAUGCUACGGGGAGGCCUCGACGCUCUCGCGAAGUUAGUGGAUACUGGUAGUCUUGCACCAAUAUUAGACAAGGUGUACUUGCCGCAGGACUUCGAGGUGGCCCUGGCUCACGCCUGCAGCGACGACGCAAUAGGCACCACUGUCGUGCGGUUCCCCUAG